AUGAAGACACCUAAGAGGCUCAAACCGCUUAUCGGUCCUUCUGGCCUGAUAUUUCGGAUCGUCAAGAGUGCAGCUUCAGAUAGGACCAACGAAAUCCUACAAAAGUCCUGCCCAAAAAAAUAUCAAAAUCAGGGCUUGACUGAAGAAGAGAAGUUAAGCGUUGUUGAACUGAUAGAGCCUAGUCAAGCUAGCCACACACGACUCUCUUCACCCUUUCAAACAUGCACUGAUCAAGUCACUGAAUCGAAGAGCAAGACCUCCUGUGCUGAUACGAAGCCAAAAUUUAAUCAAUUUGUUUGCUCAUACUAUGAAGUUGAAAGCUAUAUAUGGGGUAUGAUCCAUUCACUUGGUUUGGGUAACUGGUGGGGUGAUUCUUCGAAAAACGAGGAUGUCGUGCGCGAAAAUAUCACCCACAUCAUCAAGCUGCGCAAAUUUGAAAAGAUAUCUUUGCAUCAGCUUGUUCAAGAUAUGACUAUGAAAGACUGUCAUUGUUUGAUUGGAUCGAUCACUGAUAUCACAUCCCGCGCUAUGUUUCACGAUUUUGUCUGGUGGUUCUAUGAAUCAUUCAUCUGCAGUCUCAUCAAGGUACUUCCUUCAUCUUUCGAGCGUAAGAUAGUGUUUUUUAAGACCGCAUGGCUUUACUGA